AUGAGUACCACACGAGAACACACGAGCUCGCGCAUACCGCUCAGCGUCAAGAACGUCCCGACGCAGAAUCCGCUUUCGCAUGAGGCUGCCCUGCUCCGCAAACCAUCCACUCAGCAGCCUCUCAAGAGCGUCAUGGCAGCUGGAACAGCUCCGUUCGCCCGUCCUCGCACCACUACCUCACGGCUACCCAGCUUUGUAUCGCGCUCGCAUCUUGGUCUCGACCGUUCCAAUCAAGAGAAUGCGCCGCCGGUGCCUGGCACCGCGACUCCAAAGAAGCGUGCUAUACCUAUUGACGAAUCGCACAUUCGCAAUGUCGUCAUCGACAGUCCCAGCAAGCGCAGCCGCUCUUCAAAGACGGGCACCGACAGCAGCAACACCGAACAAAGUGUCGGAGCCACCCUUGCCAGCGACCUCAAUGGUAUUCGUGUCAACGAGUCAAGGCGGCUGCCACAGUCCGCGCAGGUGGCUGUGUCAGCGUCGAAUGCACACUCCCGCCGCCCACAACAGGCACCGACCCGUGAAGCCGGCAGAACUGCGUUGGUCGUGAGGACAAACCGCACAGUUCACGAACCCACGGAAGAACUCGCGCAGGAAGCACGCCGUCGUCAGGAAGAACAGGAGAUCUGGCGCCAGAAGUUCCUCAAAGCUUUCCCCAAUUUUAUCUUCCAUUUCGAUUCGGUUGAUGACGCUACGGCUCGAAAGUACACCAAUCUCAUUCAAAAGCUUGACGGUCACGUCGACCAGUUCUUUUCGAGGAAAGUGACGCAUGUCAUCACCACGAGACGAAUCCCGGACGAAGCAGCUAUCGAGGACUCCAAUGCGCCCGGCGGGUCGACAAUCACCGAUAAGUCGGGCGCACACAAGCUCUUCCGGCCGAGCUUUCUGGCGACAAGGACGUCGUCAAACAAGGCCGGAGCGAACGCGGCUCGUUCGCGUCCCGUGCCACUCUACUCGGAACGAAACCCGCUUCAGGAACGGCCUCCUCGCCAGUACGGCCCAAAUGACAUCCUUGUCAAAGCGCAGGGCUUCGGCAUCAAGGUGUGGCAAUUUGAGAAGCUUCGAAAUGUCCUCAUGAGGCUGAUGAAGAUCUCGCCUCGCGAUCUCAACACCCCCGCCACCACGAAGCAGGACCUCUCGCAGAUGCUCGAGAAGGAAAAGGUCAUGGGCACCUUUGAGCGCGAUCCAGCCACAGCGAGGUCUUCGUGGUACUACUUUGAGAAAUCAGCUCAAUUCAUCCUAGUGGAGGACGCCACCCUCGAGCAUCGACCCAUCAUGUGCACCGAGUUCCAAUAUACCCGCGAGGACAGAGUGAAAUGUCUGCCUCCGCCUUGGCCCAUGGUCCACGGUCAAACCCCUGGCAGAUGCCCCUUCACCUACUAUCCACCAAAGGAGGACGCGUCCAAGAAGCAAGGUGCAGAAGGUCUAGGCGCCCCUCGACUAAGUGCUCAACAGAGCCUUCGCAGAGCUGUCUCGCUCAACAACAUGGUGCGAUCGAACAUUGGGCCUGCCUUCCGUCCCCAGGUCGCACAGAUCCGCACCAACGACACCGGGCAGCAAGAGUACCCCAUGGCGUCCGGCAACAGUGUCUCGAUCACCUCCAACAUUGCAUCCACCACCUCCAACAUCUUUACGGAUCAGCAGAACGGCGCCACUGUAGGGCUGCCCCAGAAUCGACGUGUUGCUGAAUUGAAUCGCCGAAUGCAUACACCCAACGCGCUGGUCCGCCCGACGCGCACUCUCAAUGCCAGUCCGGCGAGUGUGCUGGCCGGCAGUGCUGCGAGCGGCCUGGGCGUGCGUCGCGAGGGCGGCAGUCCGAUGGCAGGAAGCCCCGCUGCUCAGCGCAGCACCACAGAACAGGGCGCCGCCGUGCGCAGGAUGCUUGGGCUCGAAGACAAGGAUCGCAGGACAGAGCUGGGCGUCGGUGGUGCAGGCGGCGGCCUCCAACGCAGCGUCAGCGCCAGCGCAGUCAGCCGACCCGCCUCUACCAAGAAACCGGGUUACUGCGAAAACUGCCGCGUCAAGUACGAAGACUUUACCGAGCACAUCUACGACCGAAAGCAUCGCAAAUUCGCCACCAACGAAGCGCACUUUGUCGACAUCGACGCGCUCAUCAUGCGCGUCCAGCGACCCAUCCGGUCGGUUUCGGACGACGAGAUGUCUUCGGGCUUCUUUGGGUUUGAGGAGAUUCCGUCUUCGCAACCGGAGGAGCAGCGGGCGUACUUGGAGUCGGAGGAUGAGAGCGUUUCUGCUGGAUCGCCGGAGCUCGAGGGAGAGAGGUUUGGUGGAGGUUUCGACGACGAGCAGAACGAUGAGGAGGAGGAGGACAGUCGUUGA